CCUUCACGGAGCCAGCCAUCUAUUGGGGUCAAGAUGGCGCCUAAGUUACGGCCGACAAUUUUUGGUACUGUAGCACAAGAGAAGACACCCACAGCCAACAAAAGAAAAAAUCGCGAGAGUGUGGUGCCUCAGAUGUUGACGUUGGCGCAGAUGUUCGGAUCUGACAGCGGCUACGUGGGCGGCGACAACAACAACCACUGUGAUGCUGACAGUGAGAAGGAUGCCCUGAUAUUCCAGAAUGGCAACCUGCAGUCCGGCCCCCUGGAAGCGCUGAUACAGCACCUUGUCCCCACAUCUGUCUACUGCCCUGAUGUAA